CUCGACUUACACGUACGCCUAAAGCCAAGACGGGCCUUGAACCAAUAAUUCAGCGGCGCCCGCAGAUAUUUUCUUUCCGCCUUGAUCGGCUUUUCCCCCCCUUCUUAAACGCUUAAUUUCAAAAGCUUAAACGAGAGGAGACGAGACAGGGCUCGUGAUGGCUACCGUUGCUGAUCUACCUACUCCCCCGGCCACUGUGCAAGGCUCCCCAAAGCCUGGCCCGACAGUGACCGAGAGUGCUGUCCCAUCUGCUAUUCCGAAGCCAUAUGAAGUACCCAAGAUUAAUCUUGUGAAUCGCUUCAUAGACCAACCCAGAGAACUGAAUGUCGCCGUCAUUGGAGCCGGCAUUGCAGGUGUAUUAGCGGGUAUCUUGCUGCCAGCAAAGGUCCCAGGCAUCAAGCUUACAAUAUAUGAAAAGAAUGCGGAAGUUGGUGGUACUUGGUUUGAAAACAUAUAUCCUGGAGUACGAUGUGAUGUGCCCGCUCAUGCAUACCAAUCAACGUUUGAUCCAAACACGCAGUGGACGGAAGAGUUUGCCCAAGGUCCUGAGAUUCUCGAGUACUGGAAAGGGCUAUCCAAAAAACAUGAUGUGUACAAGUAUCUGAAGCUAUCUCAGAGAGUCGACGGCUUGGACUGGGAUCCAACUACUUCUCAGUGGCUUAUCAACGUACAUGAUCUAAAAUCAGAGGCUUCACGAGUUGAGAAGGCAGAUUUUGUUCUCACGGCAAUUGGAAGAUUUAAUGCUUGGAAGCUUCCCAACUAUCCUGGUAUCAAAGAUUACAAGGGCCUCUUGCGGCAUACUUCAAACUGGGACCCGACAUUUGAUGUCACCGGCAAGAAGGUUGCUGUCAUUGGCAACGGAGCCAGUGGCCUUCAGCUCGUUGCUAACAUUCAAAAGCGUGUCGACCGUCUAGAUCACUACGCUAGAAAUAACACUUGGGUGGCAGCAUCGUUUGCUGGACAUGAGACAUCCAUUGAGCCAAAGACUAUUCCUCAAGAACUCCGUGACUCGUUCAAAGACCCAGAGACUUAUUUGAAGUACCGCAAGGAGAUUGAGAAGCAAUAUUUCAGAGGGUUCCAGGGCUGGCUGAAAGGCUCAGAGGUCAACGACCAGGCAAGGGAAACUUUCACGCAGCUGGCCAAGACGCGGCUAGCUGAUAAACCAGAGCUGUUUGAAAGAAUCAUUCCCGAUUUUUCUCCUCACUGCCGUCGACUUACUCCUGGGCCGGGAUAUUUUGAGGCUCUCACACAGCCUCACGUCGAGUACAUCCAGACACAUAUUCAGAGAUUUACCGAGACGGGCAUUGAGACGGUCGAUGGCAAGACUCGAGAUGUCGAUGCCAUAUUUUGCGCCACAGGAGCCAAUUCCGAUAUGGCCCCCCCUUUUCCCAUUCGUGCAGGAGGUGCCAAUUUAAGCUAUGACUGGAGCCAUUCGGGCACCUAUGGGUUCCCUUAUACAUAUCUGGGAGUCGCCUCGCCAGGUUUCAAGAAUCUUCUUUUCAUCCACGGUCCGAGUGCCUCGGGGAGAUCAGGCACCGUGCCACACAAUUUGGAGAACCAAAUCACCUUCUUCGCCAAGAUCCUUCGCAAGGUUGGCCGUGAAGGCAUCAAGACCAUUUCGCCGUCGAGGAAGGCUGCCGAUGACUUUACGGCCUACAACGACGCAUUCUUCGAGACCACUGUAUUAUCUGAGAACUGCAGUUCAUGGUACAACGGCGGUGUACCGGGUGGUCGAAUCCACGGCCUCUGGCCCGGCAGCGCUUCACACUUGACAGUCGUCCAGAGGGACCCACGGUGGGAAGACUGGGAGUACGAAUAUCUCUCGGAAUCUGGAAACCGUUUUGCGUGGUAUUUUGGCAAUGGGAGCACAUACGUCGAGACUGAUCCAAAGCUAGAUGUAACUCCGUAUCUCAGCGCCGAAGAGGCUGACUUGCGAAGCGUUCACGAGAACUGGUGGGUCAUACCGUAGGCUACGAACCUCAGAUUAGGAAAAGGAAGCCUCCACAAACGAGAAAUUAUAGCAUUAGUCAAAGUUCGUUUAUUGAAGCCUAGAUCUUUGUGGCUUUAGCCGAUGCUUACUUUUUUUGGGGAACGGUAUCCUCUCUUGGCCACCCUUGCGGCAGCGCCUAUCUCGGUAAAGGGCGUCGAGAUGAUGUGCACCUAGAUAUAGAUCCCCUUCUCAGCUUAGCAUUAUUGUAUCUGUAAAGAUCUACUACACAUGAAAUCAAAGUUAUGUGAGCCAUCAUCCUCACAAAUAUUCUUAGGUAAUCCAUAGUAAACUAAAUAAACGAGACUGCAGAGCGCAAGAUAAUUCGGC